CACAGAAAGAGAGAGUAAUCCAAACACAGGCUGCAUAGGCGCACAAGCAGCGAGGAGACACAGAGAGGCAGAGCGGCUUUGCACCACUUUUACUAAGACUGCUAUUUACUAUAAAAGCUACAUUUUCAGGCUCUGCAGCGCUCGCUGCUGCGCCCCACAUUGGCUCACACAGCCAAGCCAAGGAUGAAAAAAACGUCUUAAUCUGAGGAGGAAUUAGGUGAAAGUGUGGAUUUAACCGCGAGUCAAAGUGGUGGAGAAGGCACACGGAGGAGUGGGAGGAAUAACUCAACUCAGGGUUAUUUAUUUUGAUAAUGCCGAGGAGCCAGUUUCUGCUUCGGAUUUACGUCCAAAACAAGUCUGAAGCCAGAGGAUGACUGCAGCCAGUUCUGUCUGCAGCCCCGCCUCCUCCCACUCCACCCAGUCAUCACCUGUCUGCCUCUCAGCAUGGCGUAGACACCUGAGGAAAGGCAGAGCCCUCCAAACCAAACUGCACCUGCGUUCUGCACCAGGCGUGUGGCUAAUGCUGGGUGUAGUGGUGGUUUUGGUGGGGAUGAGUGUCGCGGUGGCGGGCUACGUAUCCACAGCCCCAAAGCCCGUGGCUGGCCGAGGCAGCACCCACGUUGAGAGGAUGAAACUGGCCGGGCCCAUGGUCAUGGGUGUGGGCCUGUUCAUCUUCAUCUGCGCCGCCACGCUGCUGUACGAGAACCGGGACCUGGAAGUCCUCAGGCGAGAGACACCUGAUGACCUUGAGGAUCUGAAGGGAGGAAGCGGCUGGGAGGAUUCGCAGGAGCAGCCCAGCUUCAGCUGUCAGGAGCAGUGGGAGUGUAAAGAUGGAGAGCAGGGAUGCUGGACCACUCCGGCCCACACACUCCCCCUCUCAAACCAGAACUAUGGUCCUCCUCCUCACAGACAGAACAUCACCAGCAGACCAUCACCGCCGCUUUCUUUAGGUGCAGGAGGUAGAGAUAAAGAGGAGGAGGAGGAGGAAGAGGAGAAGGAGGGAAGAUCAACCGUGCUGGCCCGAGUUCUGCACCACCAGGAGCCAACUCCUCAGCCUGCCUCCCCCUGCCCCUCAAUCGCUAAGACCUCUGUCUCCUCAGACUCUUGCAACUCAAGUGAAAUCAACUUCAACAUACGGACAGGCACUCCUCUGCCUCAACAGUGAACCCGCUACUGGUUCAACUUCUACUGUCUCAUAAAGUAUGCAUGAUGAGAGAGAUUUGAACGCAUCACGUGCAGACACACACGGAAGACAAGACUAUGCAUUCCUCAAUAAACAGAUGAAAUGUUUGUUGGUAUGUUUUAGUGCCUCCGAGUGGCGCAGUGGCUCUGAGUCACUGUCUGUGAAGGGUGUUUUUGUCCUACAUCGUUCUCUGACUCACCCACAUUUGAAAGAUUGGAGCUAUGCUGUUUGAUGUCAACUCACCAUCUUGUCGUCUUUGAACUCGCCCAUGCCCGAAAUCCCUAAAGACACUGCUUGUUUGACCAUAUUUGGACUUGAGGAGGAUUCCUGAAAACUUAUUUGGGUGCUUUGACACACUCGUUCCCGCUCUCUCCUCCUCUCUCUCUCUCCCUGCAGAGGAACAGUGUUUGCAUUUGCUUGCUGGAGAGGUUCGGUUAAGAGGAUGAGCCAGAUUAAGUCUCAAAUGAGUCUUUAUCUAAUCUCACACAUACUGUAAUCUGCUCUUUAUCUGAGAAAAUUGUGUCUCUGUAUAAACAAGAGGAGCGCGCAAGGCCACGCUCCACUCACCCAACACCUACAGCCACGCUAUAAAUACCAGCUGGUGUUCUGUACACAUGAGUUUCAGUUAUUUACUGUAAUUCAACCUUUUUUUUUUAUUCACAGUGUCAGCCGUUCACUUGUUCACCUAGCGAGUGUUGUGAGGAGAGAUCCUAAAUGGUAUCAGUCAGUGUGGAUAGAAAAAAAAAAGAGCAAUGAGUUCCAAAAAAACAAAAAUAACAGCAAAAUCUGGUGAGGCUGUUAUGAGUUAUUCCUGACGCAGCUUAACUGAGAAAAGUGGUCCUGUGAGUCGUGUAACUGAAGCUUCACUCUCCCACCAUCCCCGACCUUUCAUCUCCUCUCCCUCUUCAUCAUCUGAUUCCUACGCUUUAUUCAAAUAGUCCAUUCCCCCAUCUCAGUCCUUGGCUUGUGCAAAACAGCAAAAGUGUGGAGAAAACAGAGUAAAUGUUGUCGGGCCCAACUGAGCAAAAGCGAGCCUGUUUGAACAAGCUGAGAGGUAAAGGGGGUAGGAUUUUUAAUUAUCGCCAGCAUUUUCUCCUCCAGCCUCUAAUUACACAGGGGAUCAGUCUGAGGGUUUUUAUAGGUGCUUUAGGACUGCGGAGUAUUUCCUUGUUGUUUGGGCCCAUGCUGGGAUCCUGCCAUCCAGAUGACGACUGAGACUGAAGUGUACAGUAAUUUGCAGCCACACAUUUCACUCACUAAAAGCAGCACCCAUAUCUCUCUCUCACACACACAGCCUCAGCAGAGAGGGCUUGUUGGGAAGAUGUGUCUGAAUCUUGCAACAAGCUGCAAGCAGCCUCCUGCGCACUUAUCGCUCAGAAAAGCAGCCCUCGCCGCACUCUCACACAUACACGAGUCCUUCUCGAUGUCAGAUGCUCUGACGUGUUUGCAUUCUGAAGGAAAGAUGCUGGAUUGUAGAGCUGCAACUAGACAUUAUUUUCAUUGCAGAUUAAUCUGCAGGUUAUUUUCUCAAUUGCAUAUUGUCAAAUCUUUUUGUCUACACACUCUUUUUGUCUGCCAGCUUCUUUAGUUACACGCAGCUAAAACUAAUGUAUUCUAAUAAAACGCAAUAAAUCCUACCUUCAUAAUGUUCAAUUUCUAGAGGUUUUAUGAUCAUGUUAGACGCUGCAGUUUGUAGUGCUGUUUGAUUGUAUUGCGUUAUACUCACCGUGUUUCUAAAUUUUUGUCAGUGAGGCUAAAUAACACCAACACCUCUCUACAUAAUGUAACACAAGUUACAUGCUCCAAAAUGUAUAAAAAUGUAAGAUUAUAGUGAAAAAAUAGAGAAAAAUAAGUCAUUCAUUUGCUUCAAAUUGCAAACAACAGUCCAAAACUCAAACAUACUCAGUUUAGUAUCAUAUAAGACAAAAAGAAGCAACCAAACUAGCAAAUGUUUGGCAUUGCUGCUGAAAAAAAAUGACUCAAAUGAUUACUAAGUGUUUCAUCUCUGCUCUGAUUUACUGGCCGUUAAUCCUGGAAUUGAGAUUAAAUUGACAUGUGAAAUGUCUUUGAAUCUGACACCAAACACGCGCAUGCAAGCAGCACUGCAGCAACACAGAAUACAACAAGUCUUUGAGGUUUCUCAUGCGUACAUCAGUGUGUAUGUGUGUGUGAGACAAUGCCAUUACAUAAUUCAGCAACACACAUUUUUUGCUGCAUUGAGAAUAUAACUGAAUCGAAUUCCCCCCUCUGAGAGAUUAGUGCGUGUGUGUGUUGAUACAUAUCUGAGGAGACGGAUGGGAGACUGUAAGCUGCUUAAACCAUGCGCUGAGUCAGGAUGCAUGCAAUUUCUCUGUUCCUUAAGAGAGAGAGAAGCUAUGAUCAACAUGUUUUGGUAUAAGAUAUAUGAGUGACUGAGGAUUAACCAGCCUGAAAGAUACCGGUUUAAAAAACUGUCUAACUCAAAGACUUCACCUGUUACAGCAGGAAAAGGGAUUCUGUUAAGGUGUCUUUGUAAAAAGUGAGAGGCAUCAGCUGGAUGUUUUCCGCCACCCCUGUCUACAUCUGGCAUUCAGUUUUUCAUCAAAACAAAGGGAUGAGUUACCAGCCUGGUUUUCUAUGUAACCUUCACGCUGUAUCUUCUGUUACAACAGCUAAUAAACCAAAUGACAUUUC